GACAUAUAUAAGCUACUGUGUUUGCUGCCCAACAGUUCCCACUUGUAAGCCGGACUUUGCAGAGGAAAGUUGCUGCCUAUAUUAAAGCUGAAAACUUCGAUUGCAGAGAAAACAACCAUGCCGACAUAUAAGCUGACAUAUUUUAACUUCAAAGGAAGAGCCGAGCUUAUCCGUUACAUCUUUGCCUAUAAGAACACUGAGUAUGAGGAUGUGAGGAUUGAAUUUUCAGAAUGGCCUGCACUAAAACCCUCUAUUGUAUAUGGACAACUACCGAUUUUGGAAAUUGAUGGAGUUGUUUAUCACCAAAGCAUUGCUAUAGCAAGAUACCUGGCAAAACAAGCAGGACUUGUUGGAAAGACAGACUUGGAUAAUCUUCGUAUUGAUGCUCUAAUAGAUUCCUUUGAUGAUUUUAUAUCUGCUUUCCCCUGGUCUGAACCAGAUGAAGCAAAAAAAAAACAAAAACAAGAGGAAUACAUAAAAAAUGGUUCUCCGACUCUACUGGCUGCUUUGGAGAAAAGCUUGGGAGAUAAGACAUGGUUUGCUGGUGACUAUGUAACCUGGGCUGACUUUUACUGGGACACAUUCAGUGAUGGUCUUGAAGCUUUUGACCCAAACUUUGCAAAAAAUCUCCCAAACCUACAAGCUCUAAAGAAGAGAGUUCAAUCCAUUCCAUCAAUUGCAUCAUGGUUAGAAAGACGUCCUAAGACGGAGCAUUAACUUCUCACAGAAGAAGAUCUGCUUAGUGCAUGGAUUUGACUUGAAUUAAUAAAAGGUUGCAUGCAGAGAAAAA